AUGGCAGGAGGAACAAGCAUAUGGUUUAGCAGUGAGGCGAAGACUGACCCAAAGGAAAUUUUUAAUCUUCGUCUCCUCUACCUGCUUGUCGCCGUUGCUUGGGGAGGAUCCUUCUAUGGAUUUGACACAGGAAAUAUCGGUGGAAUCCUGACGCUUCCCUCUUUCAGGAAUGCAUUCGGGCUGAAUAACGUAUCUCAAGCAGUGGAAGAUGACCGCAAGGGGACCAUUGCCUCCAUGCUCGCAGCAGGUGGGUCAGCCGGUGCCUUACUUGCCGCGCCAACAUCGGACUAUAUCGGCAGGAAGUGGUCAGUCUUUGGCUGGGGUUUGGUGUUUGUAAUUGGUGCAGCAAUGCAAAUGAUUGCCAAUUACGAAGUGCUUCUUGCUGGCCGCUUCAUUGCCGGAAUGGGAGUUGGCGCCUCGUCAAUGCUCACUCCCCAAUUCUUGGCGGAGAACUCGCCGAAAUCAGUUCGAGGUUCGAUGACUGCGACAUACAAUCUGAUGAUUGUGAGCUCUCUCAUGUUGGCAUUCUGGGUCAACUACGGUGUUGCGAAAUGGUCCUUUCCUGGAGUUGAGCAUGAUGAUUCCCAAUGGAGAUCAGCGAUGGGCAUUCAGAUCAUUCCUGGUGCCUUGCUUUGUCUGAUGAUUCCAUUCGUACCCGAGACACCGCGUUACUUGAUCAACCAUGGCAAAGUUGAACAGGGAUUGAAGAACAUAUGUCAAUUGCGCAAGCUUCCUGCCGAACACGAGUAUGUGCAAACUGAGUUCCGUGAGAUCGAGGCUCAGGUUCGACACGAACAGGAGUGCUUCGAGGGACAUAAUUAUUGGAUUGUUUUCAGAGAUGUCUUUACAUCAAAAAGCAACUUUCAGCGCUUCUUUUUAUCGGUGAUGUUAUUUCUCUUUCACAAAUUCACGGGCACUGACUCCUUGAACUACUACGCACCUGAGAUCUUUGCUUUGAUCGGUGUGAAGAGUGGAUCCUCUAGCCUACUUACCACUGGUGUAUACGGAGUAGUGAAGACGGUUGUCACAAUCAUCUACGUGGGGUACCUUGUUGAUCGCAUUGGUCGUCGGAUUCCACUUCUUGUGGGAGCGACCCUGCAAGCAACAGCCAUGCUAUACCUUGCGUUGUAUCUUCGAUUUGCCGAUACAACGACGGCCAGUGGUGGUACCUCUGCCGGAGGUAUUGUUGGUAUUAUCUGGAUCUAUAUUUACGCUUUUGGAUGGUCAUUCGGACAUUCUGUCGCUUGCUACGUGGUCGCAGCUGAAGUCUUCCCAACCAGAAUUCGAUCUUUCUGUAUGGCUAUUUGUUUCUUCAUCAACUGGAUUGUGGACUAUGGUAUUACACGAGCCACACCAAACAUGAUCACUGAAAUGGGUUGGGGUGUAUUUCUCUUAUAUGCAAUGCUCACAUACCUAGGGGUUGUGUUUAUAUUCUUCUGUUUGCCCGAGAUGAAAGGUCGGUCUAUGGAGAGUAUGGAUGAUUUGUUCGAGCGCCCACUAUGGACCAUGUGGAAACAUGCGUAUCCCACCGAGGAGGAGAAGAUGCGGCGCGAUGUUCGAGAAGAGAUGAACACCAAGCUGCAAAGUGUCGGGCCAACUAUUGAAGACCAGGCAAAAAACCAUCGUACCGAGCAUGUGGAAACUGUUUGA